UUUCUAGAUUUUACAUUACCUUCCUGUAUGUUUCCGAGUGUUUCGCGAAAUUCCCGAGCAUGCUCGGUUGCCCAGCAAGAAACACGCCAUAUUGACUGUCUGAAAAUUUGGAAGGCCGUAAAAUCCAUUGACAUCCUCCAAAAAGAGAGGAACAAUGGACUCACAAUACGGCAUAGCAGUUACUAAUAAAUUUGACCUUUUCGGGGAUGAUGUUACUGAUCCCAUAGAGUUCCUGAAAGAGCAGGAGGAGUUGAAGAAGAAACAGGAACUCGCAAAAGAAAAGGACAAGGGAAAACAAGGGAAGGAUAAGAAGGCGAAGAAGCAAACUGCCUCACAGUCCGAUAAUAAAUCCAUAGAACAGCCGAUCCAAAAGAAGGAAGACAAACCCAAUACACAGUCCCGUCCCCCUCGCAGUGCUCGACAGAACCGGGAACCAAGGGAGAUCAAGGACGACAAUGACUCCAGGCCUCCAAGGAGGCGUGAUGAAAAUGCUCAAAAUGAGUUCAGAGAGAGAACAGAAGGCAGUGGUGGUAAUUUCAACAGACCAGAAAGUGCUCGUGGACGGUUUGGUAACCGAGGGCGCGGACGGGGUGAGGGCCGAGGCGCCAGGGGAGGCAGAGGUCGAGGUGGAUUCGACAGGGGUGGUAAACGGGACUUUGAGCGUCACAGUGGCAGUGACAAAACUGGUGUGAAGCCCACAGAGAAGAGAGAAGGCAGUGGUUCUCAUAACUGGGGAUCAUUCAAAGACGACAUACAGGAGGAAAUGAAGGAUAAUGUGGAAACGGAAACAAAGGAAUGGAACCCAUCAGAAGACGCGGAGAACCAGGACCCCAAUGAAAGCACGGAAUCAACUGAACAACCCACAGAGGAAGCCCCCAAACAGAUGACUCUUGAUGAAUGGAAGGCCCAACAAGAAAAGAAUCGACUACGAAACCAGUUUAACAUUCGAAAACCAGGUGAGGGUGACACUUCAACCAGCCAAUGGAAGAAGGGCACAGUCUACCGAAAGAAGCUGGAAGAGGAAAAUGAGGAAUCGGAUGAAGAGGAGGAAUAUGAAGAGGAUGAAGAAGCUGCCAGGCAGAAGAACUUGGUGAAUAGUUUCAAGUUUGUAUUCAAUACUGACACCAGAAGAGGAGGACGUGGACGGGGUCCCAGAGAAAGGAGAGGUGGAGGUGGUGGUGGUGGACGUGGCAGCCGCGGAGGAAGAGGCGACAGACGGGGACCUCGGGAAUCUGCCCCCAAGUUCGAUGAUGAAAAUGACUUUCCCAGUCUGGUGAAGACUGAGGCAUAAUGCCCAGCAAUGCUGCUUACAAUAUUUUCCCCAAGUACUAUACAGUUUCAUACUGCGUGUUAGGAACUUGCUUGAAGAAGCGAAAAUAUGGGAGUGAAGUUUCUUGCAGGACACAACUCAAUGUGAAUCCAUCUUUUCAUUAUUUUGUAUUAUGUAAAUUUGUUUUGUCCACAUUUCUGUGGAUGUUGGUUGCACUUGGCAACCAACCAAGAUCUCGACAACAGUAAUCAUGGUACAUAAACUUGUGUGAAUUGUCGGAACUACAGUGAACUGCCUGGAAGAGAGAUGGGACAUAUUAAUUAAAAGUUGGUGAAAGAAAGACGUGAUUGGUUGUAAUGACCUUUUGUACUGUGCUAAAAAAGUGCUUUGUUUAGGUAUUUAUUAUUCGUUUACGAUGUUCAAACUACCGUAUGUAACAAAUGAUGCACACACCACACCAUGAGCAUGUUAAUUUUUUCAUUUACAGACAAUUCAUUUAAUAUUGACCAUGAAACUGUUAUGAUUCAGUUUGUUAUAAUGACAUUAACAAAUUGAUAUUUGGUGUGAAAAAUAUUUGUAAUUAAUUGUUUAUUUCACUUUAUUUGAAGAGAAAUAAACUGUGGUAUAUAUACCUCUUCAAAUGUAUGCUUUCCUGUCUGUCCCUGAUGUUUAGAAUUUGUGAUUGAAUGAAAGGCGAGAUUAAACUUUCAUAGAUAAACUGA